AUGCAGUCUAACGUUCUUCGCCCUUACCUUGCCGCCGUCCGGUCGACACUGACUGCCGCCCUCACGCUCGAGGACUUCUCCUCUCAAAUUGUAGAACGGCACAACAAACCAGAGGUUGAGGUUGGCGCAUCGAAAGAGGUCCUCCUCAACCCUCUCACGAUCUCACGAAACGAGAAUGAGCGCGUUCUAGUCGAAUCCUCGGUCAACUCAGUGCGGAUAAGCAUCAAGAUCAAGCAGGCGGACGAGAUCGAGCGGAUACUUUGCCAUAAGUUCACGCGGUUCAUGAUGCAGCGAGCGGAGAGCUUUAUUGUGCUUCGGAGGAAACCAGUCAAGGGCUACGACAUUUCCUUCCUCAUCACCAACAACCACACGGAUACUAUGCUGAAGCACAAGAUCGUUGAUUUCAUCACUCAGUUCAUGGAGGAGGUGGACAAGGAGAUCAGCGAGAUGAAGCUGAGCCUGAAUGCACGCGCUCGUGUUGUAGCAGAGUCAUAUCUCGGCGCAUUCUCUUCGUGA